UGCGCGCUACUGUGUGACACGGAGUGUGGAGCCGGAAGUCGGGACGUGGCCGGCGCUUAGUGAGGAGGAGGAUGGCCGUGGUUAGUAGCACUGAGCGCUUGGAGGUGUCUAUUGAUGGACUUACGCUCAGCCCGGACCCAGAGACCGCGGGAGACGUGAGGCCCGGAGCGGAGGAGGACGGGACCGAGGAACAACAGGCCCUAAACAUGGAACAGAGCUGGGGAUUCAGCCUGGAGGAACUAUAUGGCUUGGCACUUCGGUUUUUUAAAGAAAAGGAGGGAAAGGCCUUCCAUCCGACUUAUGAAGAAAAGCUCAAGUUGGUGGCGCUGCACAAGCAAGUCCUGCUGGGGCCUUAUAAUCCCGAUACGUGCCCUGAGGUGGGCUUCUUUGAUGUGCUUGGGAAUGAUAGAAGGAAAGAAUGGGCUGCCCUGGGCAACAUAAGCAAAGAAGAAGCAAUGACAGAAUUUGUAGCAUUGCUUAAUAGAUGCUGCAACCUUUUUUCAACCUAUGUUACAUCUCAUAAAAUAGAAAAGGAGGAGCAAGAACGAAAAAGGAUUGAAGAGGAAGAACGCAGAAGGCGAGAGGAAGAGGAAAGGGAACGUUUGCAGAGAGAAGAGGAGAAGCGAAGGCGAGAAGAGGAGGAAAGACUGAAACGGGAAGAGGAGGAAAAGAGACGGGCAGAGGAUGAGCGGUUUCGAAUGGAGCAACAAAAGCAGCAGAUUAUGGCAGCUUUGAACUCUCAGACAGCGAUGCAGUUUCAGCAAUAUGCUGCUCAGCAGUACCCGGGGAACUUUGAACAGCAACAGAUCCUCAUCCGCCAGCUACAGGAGCAACACUACCAGCAGUAUAUGCAGCAGCUGUAUCAGGUGCAGCUAGCACAGCAGCAGGCUGCUUUACAGAAGCAACAAGAGACGCUAAUCACUGGAAUGAACUCUCCAGUUAACUCUUCCUCCAAAAUGAACUCUGGAAACGUAGCUGUGCCGGGUGAUGCUCCUGCGGUCAAUGGUCAGAAUCAUCCCACUGCUGACAGUAAUGAGACUGAACUGGAUGUAGAUGCUGCAGAUGAUGUCCUGGAGAAUGGGCCAAAAGAAAUAACACCAUUGAUAGCUGCGCCCUCCAUGUGGACACGACCACAAAUAAAAGACUUCAAAGAAAAGAUCCGACAGGAUGCAGACUCUGUGAUCACUGUAGGCCGAGGAGAGGUGGUAACAGUCAGAGUUCCCACCCACGAGGAGGGCUCCUAUCUUUUCUGGGAGUUUGCCACUGAUAAUUAUGACAUUGGGUUUGGGGUUUAUUUUGAAUGGACUGACUCCCCAAACACUGCUGUUAGUGUGCAUGUCAGCGAGUCUAGUGAAGAUGAAGAAGAAGAUGAAGAAAAUCCAAACAGUGAAGAAAAAGCCAAAAAGAACACCAACAAGCCACAGCUGGAUGAGAUUGUCCCAGUUUACAGGAGAGAUUGUCAUGAGGAGGUCUACGCUGGCAGCCACCAGUACCCCGGCAGAGGAGUUUACUUACUAAAAUUUGACAACUCUUAUUCCUUGUGGAGGUCAAAAUCUGUGUACUACAGAGUGUACUAUACAAGAUAAAUCUGCAGUGUCAGCAGGAACAAGCAGUACAGUGGAUCUCAAGUUUGCUGGACCUUUUCAAUCAAAUCAGUGUUGUCUACGGAUUUGGUUUUACCUUCUUAUAGCAGUCAGUGGCUUUUAGUGCGACACAAAUUGCACCUCCAGUAAUACGAGCCCUUCAGUAUCACAGAUAUGUAUAAUAUUUUAUAGCAAACAUGGAUACCAUUUCCUUUGAUGCCUGCGCAGCAAGCAGUUCUAUAGCAAGGGGAUACAUUUACCCAUAAUGACCUGGUCUGUAAUAUUUGUUUGGGAUUUUCUUUCUGUUUGUUCUUGGUGUUGAGAUUUUAUAAUUAUGGGGAUGUAUCCGUCAUUGAACAAAUUGUAUUUAUCAAAUGAAUAAGAGAAACUUUAUAUAACAAAUUUAAAAAAAUAAGUUGUGCUCUUAUGUCCUAUGUGUGAGAACGUUGUUAAAAGAAUAUUCCUGCACUAUUUCUCACAACAUGUUAAUUUUUUUGGCAGUGUGGUUAUACCUGUGUAGUAAUGGUAAAUACAACUUGAAGCUGAAAGUGAACAGAGUGUCUUAUCCUGUAAUGGAUGUAAAUAAUAUCACAUAAAGUGAAUGACCAAUGAGAAUAAAGCACGAGAAAGUGUUAUUUUCUUUUACAAGAAAAAAAGAGAGUUUGGAUGGUCAUAUGUAAAGGCAUUUAAGCUAAACCAAGCUAAGGAAACGAGAGUAAACCAGAUAUAUAUUUAGAGUAACAUAGAACAAGCAAUUGUAUUGUGUGAUAGCAUGCACAUGGCAUUUAUGGUCACUAACGGCAAGGUUUCUGAUGAGGCGAAUGCCCUGAUCGGUUGCAGGCUCGCUCAUGAUACUGAUAUUUAUAAAGCAGCUGUUUAAACCUCUGCUUCAUAAACUCUCUCUGCAAAACUGGAGUAAGCGAAUUAAAGUUAGCCUGGAUUAAUUAGAACGGCGUGAUUGACUAGCCCUAUGCUCAUGCAAUUGGUGGCGGGGGGGGGGGGAGAGACACUUGCAUGAGUGUUCCCUUGUGCAAUGAAUAAUAUGGGGAACAUAUCUGCCCCACAAUUUGUAGUCCUGUGCGGACAGGUUCACAACUUGUGAAUCCUGUCCACUCGCAAAUUAAUAAAUCUUUUGUAUUUAACUUUUAUCCCCGAUUUCACCUGAGACUUAUGAAAAUGCCUUUGUACUGAUCAUUGUAUCUUGAAAUCUCAGCAGAUGGGUGUAAGCUGUUAUACUUUGCAAAUAUGGCUGUGUGGAAUAUAAGUGUUCUGCUCUUCCAUUUCUAACAGGAACUGAAAAGCUCACAAUUUUAAGAAUUAAAAUACAGGAAAAGGGGAUAAAAUAAAUAAUGAAAGUAUAUUGCAAAGUUUUUUUAUGUUUAAAAUGUAACAUUUUAUAUUACCAUCUCAUAUUGUUUAAUGUCCCUUUAAGGACCUCAGAACUGAAAGUGAGUAUUCAUCUUACAUUGCUUUUAGUUAAAUUUAACCUCACUUGUCUCACGGUGUUUGUGCUUUUUUUAUUUAAAAAUCAAAUGGAGGCGACCGAAAGAAAUAUCCUUUAUAGAAGUAAAAUUGGUUUAUCUGCUAAAUUAUAUUGUGUAGAAAAUGCUCUAAAACUACACAGCAAACCUGCAAAUGCAGCCUCGCUAGACCCAGAGAACUCAACAUAUUAAAGCACACAGAAGGGAAGCCUUAUUCAUAAAUCAGAAAAUGUCAUUCAAAUAUUCAAUGCAUGCAUUUUAUUUUUUCUAUGUGUAUUUAUCUCCUUUAGUUAAAGGGACAGUCUACUCCAGAAUUAUUGUUUAAGAAGAUCGCUAAUCCCUUUUGUUACCAAUUCCCCAGUUUUGCAUAACCAACACCUGUUAUAUUAAUAUACUUUUUACCUCUCUUAUUACCUUGUAUCUAAGCCUUUGCAGACUGCCUCCGUAUAUCAGUGCUUUUGACAGACUUGCAUUUUAACCAAUCAGUGCUGACUCAUAAAUAACUCCUCAGAAGUGAGCACAAUGUUAUCUAUAUGGCAUACAUGAACUAGCACUGUCUAGCUGUGAACCCAGUCAAAAUGCACUGAGAUAAGAGGCAGCCUUCAAGGGCUUCAGAAAUUAGUAUAUGUGUCUACCUAGGUUUAGCUUUCAACAAAGAAUACCAAGAGAACAAAGCAAAUUUGAAGAUAAAAUUAAAUUGGAAAGUAGUUUAAAAUUGCAUGCCAUAAGUAUAAUUUUGACUAGACUGUCCCUUUAAGCCUCAGCCCAUGCUACCUUGAUUAGGUUAAGGGCUGCAAAUGUAAUUCCCUCUAAAAUGUUUAUAAAAUGCACAGUGGAACAACAUUGCAAUUUACUCUAAUUUAUUUUGCAUUAUUUCUCUGUUGUUUAAAUCUGGAUAUUGGAGGUUUUGCAUUCCCAAAUAGAGGCUGAAAUACUUUCUGUGGAAUAUUAAAUCCUGGUCUUUCUACUUGCUGCAUUUUGAUUGGUUGAUAUGUGCAAAAGCUCAUUUAUAGCUGUCCUUUAUUAGUCACAACAAAGGAGAUCAGUUUUACAACACUAAAAGGGAUUCUCAAGGGGUGUGCUUUCUAGUCUGCAAAAAAAAACAGUUUUAAAUGCUUGUAAAAUAUGUAUUUUAUUUGCCAAUCUAUUUCUGAUUAAUAUAUAUAUUAUAUAUAUAUUAUCUGUGCUGAACAUUUUUAUUUUUUUUAACUUUAUAUGAGAUGGUUUAACGUUUUUGAGUUCUUAUGAGUAAUUUAAACCGAUACUAAGCUCCUUAAUCUAGGCAACAACAAAAAAUGGGACAUGGAAUGAGGAUUGUCAUCUUUUUAUCCUGCCUAUUCAUUUUUCAUAUUUAAACUCCCUUUUAUCCUUCUGCUUAUUUUUCUCCUUUUCUUGCACAUGGUAAAAAAAAAAAAUAUAUAGCGGCUUAACCUCUGAAUAUUUUUUGGUGCUACCAAAAUAGUGUCCUACUAGAACAAUAACUUAGUUUAUAUUUUUGGAAUUACUUUGAAUCACUUAGUAUUUCAGCCCUCUUUAGCAGAAGUGUUUCAAAAGCACAAUAUUCUAUAAUACAUUUGAGACCAUAUUUUUAGUUUUCAAAAUGUUUUAAAGCUAAUGUGCCACCCAUUCUGCCUUCAAAUUUAUACAAUUGCUUGGGAUCAUACUGAUGUAUUUUGUGGUUUGUAUGUACUGUAGUGGAAAAGAGCAAUUCCUCCCCCGAAAAGUACAUCUUCAAUAAUUAAUUUGUAUGCCUGAAAUGAUGAUUAAAGGGAAAAUGAACCCCAUUUUUUUCUUCUGUGAUUCAGAUAGAGCAUGCAAAUUUAAGCAACUUUCUAAUUUACUCCUAUUAUCAAUUUUCCUUUGUUCUCUUACUUUCUUUAUUUGUAAAAGAAGGCAUCUAAGCUAUUUUUUUGGUUCAGAACCAUGGAAAGCACUUGUUUAUUGGUGGGUGAAUUUAUCCACCAAUCAGCAAGAACAACACCAUGUGUUCACCAAAAAUGGGCCGGCAUCUAAACUUACAUUCUUGCAUUUCAAAUAAAGAUACCAAGAGAAUGAAGAUAAUUUGAUAAUAGGCGUAAAUUAGAAAGUUGUUAAAAUUGCAUGCUUUAUCUGAAUCACAAAAGAAAAAAUUUGGGUUCAGUGUCCCUUUAAGUUUACUAUUCAUUUGAGUUUUCCAAAGCUCAUGAUCUUAAUCCCAUAUGUUGGAAUGAUGGUGCUCUGUUGGUAGGUUUACAAAUUUGUUGUUCAUAUUCAGACAAAAUGUUUACUAUUUAAACCUUUUGUUUUAAUAAAUACAAUUUGUUUACUUUAUUAUCCAUUUAAGGACUGAAAUCUUUGAAUUACUGUAAAGAGACAUUUAAAGUAUCUUUUUUUCCCAUGUAUUGGAAAAGAUUCACUGUAUUUCAACAUCUUCAUACAAAAUAAAUGCUUUCAAAUAAUUUAAAACAUACACUGAAGCUACAUAAAGGUUAUCGUUCCUCCUUUACUGUGGCCAAUUAAGGACAUAUAUAAUCUCCUGUACAUAACCAAUCACUGUGCAGCAUAUAGGAGGUCAGGGUUUAAAGGGACACUGAACCCAAAUUUUUCUUUUGUGAUUCAGAUAGAGCAUGACAUUUUAAGCAACGUUCUAAUUUACUCCUAUUAUCAAAUUUUCUUUAUGCUCUUGGUAUCUUUAUUUGAAAUGCAAGAAUGUAAGUUUAGAUGCCAGCCCAUUUUUGGUGAACUACCUGGGUUGUCCAUGCUGAUUGGUGGAUAAAUUCAUCCACCAAUAAAAAAAGUGCUGUCCAGGGUUCUGAACUAAAAAAAAAAGCUUAGAUGCCUUCUUUUUCAAAUAAAGAUAGCAAGAGAACGAAGAAAAAUUGAUAAUAGGAGUAAAGUAGAAAGUUGCUUAAAAUUACAUGCUCUAUCUGAAUCAUGAGAGAGAAAAAUUGGGUUCAGUGUCCCUUUAACUUGGGACAUGAAAAUAGUGAAAUUUAUAGAGUUAAAUUACAGGAAGUGCAGGCAAAAUAUAUAAUGAAUGUGCAUUGCAAUUUUUUUUUUCUCAUUUUGCAUAGUGAAACAUAAGGUAUACAGAUUUUUUUUAUGUAAUGUCCCUUCAAUUAAGGAAUGAACUGAAAAGCUCAUUUGUUUACCUUAUAUAUUUCUAGACUUGUUAGGAUUAAAGGGAUAUGAAACCCACAUUUUUUCUUUCAUGACUCAGACAGAGCAGGUAGUUUUAAGCAACUUUCUAAUUUACUCUUAUUAUCAUUUUUUCUUAGUUCUCUUGGUAUGCUUUGUUGAAUGAGCAGCAAUGCACUACUGGUUUCUAACUGAACACAUGGGUGAGCCAAUAGAAAUUUGUAUAUGCAGCAACCAAUCAGCAGCUAGAACCUAGUUUCUUUGCUGCUCCUGAGCAUUCCUAGAUACACUUCAGCAAAGGAUAACAAGAGAAGGAAGCAAAUUAAAUAAUAGAAGUAAAUUUGAAAGUUGUUCAAAAUUAUAUUCUCUAUCUACAUCAUGAAAGAAAAUGUUUGGGUUUCAUGUCCCUUUAAUUUCUUUAAACUGAUAUUUACAACUGACUACAUUUUCACUCUUGUAUUUCUCUUGAUCUUAAAUAAAAAAAAAAAUUAGGCAACCCAUAAAAAGGGACAUAAAACAAAUUUUUGUAAAUUGACCUAUGCGUGCCUGUAGCUUAUAUUUUGCUUAUUUACUGCCCAGUCGUCCCCGCCCGCCAUGUCUCUUGAGAGGUUAGACACAUAUAUUUUUAUAUAUAUUUCAAAGUUGCUAAUUAUUUGCUAAAGAGAUGUAUAGGUUGAUUUUUAAAUGUCUGUUUUUUGUUCCUUUAAACACUUGACAGCCAUCUUAAUGUAUACAGGAUUCAUUUUACCCAUGGGCAGCGCUGCGGAAUCUGUUGGCGCUUUAUAGAUAAAGAAUAAUAAUAAAUAAUAAUAAUAAUAAUUUUCUUUUACAAUCACUCUGCUAUGAGUUGUGUGGAAUGAACAUCUUUUAUCAGAAUGUAAUUAACAUGUACACUAAUAUGUAGACCCCUUGCUAACAAUUUGAAGUAUUUGUCAACCAGGCAUCAAAAGGACCAAUAUAAGCAAAACCUAGCAAUGUUUGGAUUUUUUUUCUACAUCUGUUUAAUGCAUGUUUAACAGAAAUAUGUUAAUAGACAUUUUCUCCCACUACAGGAGAAUAUGGUUUACUUAAAUUUGUAGUGAUUAUAAAUAUAAUUUGGUUAAUUAUACAUAUUCACAUUAAGUUACUAUAAUUUUGUGUAAAUAGUUGCAGCGUUGGGCUUCAAAAUAUACUGUAAAUAAAAUGCAAAGAAAAAGGAAAAUCAUUUUUACACUAUUAAACACCUUGUUUGCUGACUUGUCCCUUUUAUGUAAAGACUAUUUGGCCGUUACAAUGAAGUGUCUGUAAAUGGCAAGGAUUCUAAUCUUCUUGUUGGUGUGACGUAUUGCCUUCAAGCUGUUGAGGAACAGUACAAGUGCAAUUUCAAAAUUCCUGAGUAAUAUAUUUAAUCGUAAUUAAAAGUACAUUUCUCUGUAUGUUUCCUAUUUUCUUUGUGUUUUUAUAUCUCAUUAGUUGUUAUAAUGUCUGAGGAGGAUGUCUUACACUGUAAAUUGUUUAGUUCUUAUAAGAAAUUGUUUGUCCUUUAUUAAAAGAAUAAUUAUCUCCUUUUAAAAAAAA